AUGUACCACUAUUCUGUCCCUCCGCAGGGAUAUGUCCGCUAUAACUACAAUACGUCAGCAACAACCUCGCCCUCAGGAUCGCCUCAACCCAUUCCGCACUACUCUUACUGGGUACCACCGCAGUAUCAAUCACCAACCACAUCACCAAAGUCUACAAAGCGACAUUCGCGCAAACAAAGCUACACCUACCCACAAGGCCCAGGAGGAUGGCACUCUCCAGCAGGAUACCCAUCCCAAAGCUAUUACGCUACCAGGCCAGACUACCAGUCGCCACCGGUAUACCAGGACCAUGUGCCUGCUCAAGAGAAAGCCUCUGACUCACAAAAGACACGAGCGCGCCGGCCAUCGGAGUCUAGACCGUCGACGGCAAAACCAGCAAAAGCGGCGCCGCCACCACGCGAGGCAACAGCAGCUGAUGCAGCCAAACACCGAAUACCUGCUGGGUAUUCGCUGAAAAACUGGGAUCCCACUGAGUCACCGGUCCUGCUACUUGGGAGCGUCUUUGAUGCUAAUUCGCUCGGUAAAUGGAUCUAUGACUGGACCGUUUUCCACCAUGGACCACAAACACCGAUGUCUGAGGUAGCGGGCGAUCUCUGGUUGCUGCUCAUCAAGCUAGCCUGCAAGAUGAAGAGAGCUGAUGAAUGUUUGCCACGAGUCAGGUAUUCUGAUAACCGGGAAACAAUCAAGGAUUUCCUGGCGGGUGGCGACCGACUAUGGGCGCGCUUCAAGAAACUUCUGAAGAUCUGCGAAGACUACAUGUGGAAGGUGGCGAGGAAGGAAGGAGCGAAAGGAUCUGUGAAAAUGGGGAAAAACAGCGGCUGCGAGUUUGUCGAUUCCAUCUUCGGAAGAGACAGGGAACUGGAGGAAACGGAGAGCCUGAUGCAAGGUAUCAGGCUAUGGAAUAUGCGUUUUGACGCAAACUGCGAGGAGAUCUUACGCCGUCCGUCGGCCGCCUAG